AUGACUUUACCUGCCAGUGAUGCAAACUCACAAACUCACACAAGCGCUCACAAAGCUCCGCCGAUGCGAUUUCGCCGUCCUAAAGUUGCAGACCCUUUAGUCAGGCCAAAAAAGAGGGUUAUAGCACGACCGGCAGCUACUUCGGCUUCUUCUGUUGGUAUAGACACAAAACCAACAACUCGUCCAGUAAUUCCCGAUAUCACCCCCGCGACCCAAGCCGAGAAAGCUGCCCCCGGCGCCCCCCAAAAUGAUUUCUCAGUGAAUGGUUUCAGCGGUCCUUUACUGUCUGAGACUUAUGUGGAUUAUCCCAUAGUGAUCACGAAGCGAUCGUUGCGAGUAGGCUUGAAACAUCACAUCGCUCGCUUCGCGUCCAAGAAGACUAUCGAUCCUCGUGAUGAGUCUCAAUUUACUCGACCUGUCAGACUUCAACGUCGAGACCCUAGAGCAAAGACGCAAGAGAUGAAUCAGGACAAAGGCCAGACACAGAAGUUGACGCCUCAAUCUAGUCACCAGUUAGGCGAUGCCGAGAGGGAGGAGCUUGAAGCUAGAAAGGCCGCGAGAGAAAAAGAGCGUGCUGAAAAUUUGGCCCAAAUAGCCCCUUCCAUGGGGUCAGCACCCAAGCGGGCCAAUGUUCCGAAACAAAAGACGCAGCAAGUGUCGAAGACAGACAUGACACCUGAAGAGGUCGCCAGAGCACGAAUUAAAUACGAAGAGGCUUUACCUUGGCAUCUCGAGGACUUUGACAACAAGAAUAUCUGGGUGGGAAACUACGAAGCCGCUCUUUCCGAAACACAUGCCGUAUUCAUACCCGAGAAUGGUAGGAUGAGGAUGAUACCAGUAGAGAAAUGGUAUAAAUUCGGUGCCAAGAGCCAAUUCAGAGCUCUAACCAUUGAAGAAGCGGAAAGAUUUAUGGCAAAGAAAAUCAAAGAUCCCAGGUGGUUUAUGGAAAAGCAACAAGAGCAAGCACAGCGUAAGGAAUUGGAACAAUUCGCAAAACAACGGAAGGUUUACGCUGGUAAACAAGGCACCCCAGCAGGUGCUGACGGCCUGGAAGCCGAUGAAAUGGAUUUCGAAGAAGAUCGGUUUGCGGAUGAUGAAGAGCACGAUGAUCUUUUCAACGAAGACGAGGAGACCAAGGCAGCGGAAAAGCGGAUCAAACAGGAUCAGCUGAAGGCAAACGUCUUCGAUUUGAAGGAUGAAAAGGAUUACGAAGAAGAGGAGCUCAGGGAAAAGAGAGAACGGGAAGCUCGCCGUAUACUGGGCAAGAAGGUCCGCAAAGCCCUCAAAAAACGAGAGAAGAAUUACGACUAUAGCAGUGGCUCUGAUGUCAACCCCUACUCUGAUGAAGAGAGCUCUGAUGAUAGCGAAGCUGAACGAUUACGGGAAGAGGAGCGAAAAGCUGAAGAGGAAAAAAAUAAGAAGGAUUCAGCUCCCUCGACAAGGGGAAAUGUUACCCCAUCUGGCCGUCCGAAGCACACUGAACCUUUGAAGAAGGGCCCAGGUGCAGCGUCGCGGAAACGGCUUGGGUCUCCAAAUGUAUCAGAUGCAAGUGGCACAGAUACCUCUCGCAAAAAGGCAAAGAGCAAGCAUCCUUCUUCUCAGCCUACGCCCCAGCCAACUUCUCGUGCCCUGUCGCCAACUGCGCCUCCAGGACAGGUUGGUAAGAAACGCAUCCGGAACGUCGCAGGAGCGGGAUCGGUUAGCGAUGCUGAUGGGGGAGCCGCCUCUGGAGGGGAGAUGAGUGAAAGUGGAAAAAUCAAGAAAUUGAAGCUUAACCCACCUGCAGCGACAUCACAAGGCGGAACUCCUCAAGGAUCCAGGGCAGGCAGUCCAACUCCUAUAGGCAGUAAGGGUCUCGCCGCAAGUCGUGCUAGCAGUCCCGAGUCACUGAGGGGGCAAAAUCGCAUCUCUACACCGGUACCUUCCGGGACUCUAAGCUUCCCGACUCCAGCAGAAAUCCAUGCCGCCAUACCUCAAACUGGUAUACUAAGCAGUGAUCUUCUGAAAAUUUUUCGGCCUCGCAUAGGCGAGUCGAAGGAGAAUCACCGCAAGUUCAUUGCAAUAGUCAAGGAUGUCGGGGUGUACGGAAAAGAGGACCGGCUAUUGCGACCAGGUGUACUGAAGGAUGGUCAGAGAUAA